CAACCAGCCGGUCCCGGCAACCUUGUUGAAUGCGACACGCAAUGUAUAAAUAAAUUGGUAGACCGUCAAAUUUAUUUAAAUCUAAACAAGUUGUCAGGCCUGUCCAGCAGUAGGCCUAGACUGGCAACUAAAUCAGAAUCAUCGCGGUAGACUGACAGCUAAAUCGGUAUCCGAAAUCCCGUUGUUACCGAGACUGUCGUGGACCCAUUGCAGGUCCAGCCCAGUUAUCAAGUUCAUACGUUUGGCAAAAUUCUCAUUAGCCUAGCUGAAUUAAUCACACCGUCACGUAUUUGGAUCCAAAGCCAGAGGUCACAUCCGGGAGGGUCACCCAAUCGUACUUUCGUUUUCAUUUCUCUCGCGAAUUUAUCUUGGCCUAUCUUCUCAAUACACCACAGGUGUACUGUUUCGUGUAAACUAUAACAAGGCGAUUAAAGUUAAAGGAUCAUGGACGCUUUUUAGCCCAGAUGGAUUCAGCUGCCAUGAAUAUCUUCAGAGCUGUCUGCCACCAGGAAAACCCCCAGUUGCUCAUCACCCCACACAAGUUUUGCAGUGAUUUGUUUCUAUCAAUGCAUAACCAUGUAAAUGACAGUGAAAUCUGUUCUCCACACUCGCAAGUACUGUUCUCAAGUGAGCUGGGCUUACCUCCCUGUAAACUAAUGGUCGCUGUCUCGAUGACUGCUGCUGUUUUCAAUUACUGUGAGUAUCAUCACAUCAAUGCAGAGAAACUGAAGCUGAGAUUGAGUUCAACUAGCGCAAGUGAAAAAACAAGUUCAAAUAAAGACAAUGGUGGACUUCAUAUUGAAUCAGUAGAUCUUGCUCAAAGUGUGUAUCAAGCAAAAGGAGAGGCAGCAUCUUGCCAGUCUCCUACCUUUGAUCAGGACUUCCACAAUACAAUUGGAAAUGGUCUUAGUGUUACUGACUGGUAUGGCCAAACACUUUUGUUUCUCCUUGAGAGAAAAAUUGUGUUUACAUUGGUAACAUUGCUACAGAGCAAAUGUCAAGUCAUUGCUUAUGUGGCAAGGAAAACCUUGGUGACAGGAACUCGAAACAAUUUCUUUGAAGUAGCAGACGUACUUUCUGCACUAGAGACUGAUAUUAUACAAAGGACUGCUGAGGAAAGUAGUGAAGUGAUAGAUCUUCUUGUUCAGUUAAUGUCUUUUAAGAGUUCAAACAGUGGUUCAGUACAAAGUCUCACAUGUAAAUGGAUUGUGAACUGUGUCCUCGGAAUUCAGAUCAACAUAACCCUUGAGACAUCUGUUUGUGUGUCCCGUAGGAUGAUAGGUCUGCUCCAGCUCUGGAAAUGUGUCCUCAAAUAUCUGUCACAGUGUUCAUCAGACUUUGCAAUCUCAAAGACACUUUGUUUGUUAUUUGAAGAAAAACUCCUUCCUUUAGCUGAUCAUUUCUUUCAGCUUGAGAAACCAAGUUUGGGACACCUUGUGUGUAUUCAGUAUUUGAAAGUCAUCAGCUCAAUGUUAAGUCUUCAAGCUUUUAUUCCUGUUUCGGUACAUCAAACUGCUCUUUUCUUUUUGGAAUCUUCACCCUCACUUUUCUCAUGUGGGAGAAACAGUGGUCUGUUCAACAAAACUGACUUUGUUGGGAGCUCUAUUGAUGCUUCAGAAUCUGGUCUGGAGACGGUGUCUACACUGACAAAGAGCUUUAUUCUCGUCCUGUUUGAAGCUUCUGCUGUUCUUCUCCAAGGCAGAAAAGCUUGUGAAGUUUCUCAACUUGUGGUGAAUUCCAUCCAGUUUUUACUCCACAAUGUUUGUCAUGUUGCCACACCAGUAGCUGGCAGUGCUCUGUCCUUGGAUUGGUUACCAACAAUGUUUGGCGAUCAAGAUGACAAGUGGAUUUCUGCUCUUUUCUGUCUCCUGAAGAUUUGGAGAUACGGCAUGAGACAUGGCUGGCAAGAAGGUAGUGGCAGAGAAAAGGACUUACAUCUUGCAGUUCUCCAAAACUCUGCUGGAGGGGAAAAAGAUAAAGCUCAAGAAGGUUGUAAUUCUGCGAAACAACAAAAUGAAUGCCUUACAAGCACCGGAGAUUUGCAUUGCAUGGCACAGACUGGGCCAUUUCAGUUUCAGGAAGUGGAUUUACUGAGACAGAUUUCUCCUCAUAAACUUUUCUUACAAUUUGCGUCUUUUAUAGAUCAUGAUCAUUUAGUACUUGCUGAUUUUCUAACUUCUCCGGAGACAUGCUUCUUAGCGUAUUUCACUGCGUAUCUGCACGAUUUAGAAAAAGACUGGUUGAAUUUCACAAUAACCUGUCAGCAAGAGGAGGAUUCUGAAUGUGAUAAAACUGUUAUUAAGCACAAAAAUUCAACAGCUUCCUUGUCUGUGUGCCAGAGUCCUCUGUUGGCUCCACUGCAGUUUUUCAAUGAAAAUUCUAAAGAUAACAAAGACAAGAAUCUGGGACUAGAAGUGUUAAAAACAGAUGACGAGGUAUGUCCUUCCUCCCAGCAUUGUCCCAGGCAGGAAAAUGUCAGUUUCAGAAAAAGACCUAAUGGUGAUUUAAAUUUUUAUAUGAAUAACGUUACAGGUUUGUGCUCUAAAGAGACCACUGCAACUGCAUUGAAUACUGCUGCAAAAAAGCCUAAUUUAAGUCUAGUGGUUUAUACAGACUCUGAUUCUUCCAGUUGUGCGGAUGAUGCAGGAGACAGUGGGGAAGAAGACUCAGAUAUAAAUUCUAUGUGUAGCGAUGAAAACCCAGAAGGAAAUUCCUUGUUUGGGAACAAAGACUCAGACAAACAUUCCUUUUGCAGUGAUGAUAACACAGACAGAAAUUCUUUGUGUACGGAUGAAAAUUCAGCGGCAAAUAUUCUUUCUUCUCUACUGAAGGAUACAAAACAGAAUUCAGAAGGUAUUGUUAAGGAGAAGAUGACAACAAAGAGUCUUAACAUGCUUACAAGUCAGCCAGAGGAGUCAGCUAUAAAAGAACAGGAGCUUCACACUAUUCCGCAAGAUAAAAAUAUUGACCAUGUGAUGGGAAUGUUGAUUCGAUUAAGAUAUCACGUACAACGCCUGUCUUUAAACAAUUUAUUUCCGUAUAAUGCGACGCCAAUUUUGAAACUGUUGACUUCUUGUGAAAAUUGUUAUGAGAAUCUGACUGAUAGCAGUGGGUAUAAGACUCCCUAAAUCCGUGCAAGAGAAGAUGAUGUUUUUGUCAGACAAAUCCCUCGGGCCGGUGCCACUGACUGAAGUGUCUUUAGGCCAUUCCCAAAGGGGGGACAUUUCUCGUUCUAAU